AUGCUGUUGAUGAGCUGUAGGUCGAUUCCAUCAUUUGUCUAUGACCUGGCUUCUGGGAAUGACAUCUCACAAUGUAAGAGAGCCAGGGACCUCGAACACCUUGUCAAGGAUCUCCAAGACUCAUUCAACGUCAACGUGAUUGGAAACUUCCAUCUCGUUAACCUCUUCACCCCGCUUGUUCUCAAAGGGCAGGGCAAGAAGGUCAUCGCCAUUUCAUCCGGCAUGUCCGACAUUGAUUUCAUCCGUCAAUUUGAGAUCGAGCCAGCUCCUGCAUACGCCAUCAGCAAAGCAGGCACAAACGUUGUCACCGCCAAGUUCGCCGCUCGCUACGCCAAAGAAGGAGUUCUUUUCAUAAGCAUCUGUCCUGGAAACGUAGAUAGUCGUUUUGAAGGAGAUUGUAAGUAG